AUGAUGAAAGACGUGUUAAUAAAAUUCGUGGGCCGAAAUUUCGGUCUCCCUAAAAUUCAUCGUUUAUUACCAGCAAAACAUUCAAAUGGUUCAACAGAUAAAAUAACAAUGGCAAAUGGACCAUCGAUUGGUAUAUGUACAUUAAAAUGUACAAAUAAUUUUUGUAUUACUGGUUCAAAUGAUGGAUAUGUUCGUGUUUGGUUAAAUGAUUUUACACAAGUUUAUAUUGCAGCUAAAUAUGAUCAACCUAUGUGUAGUUUAAAACCAUGGUAUGAUCAAACUCGUGUAUUAAUUUUAACAAUAUUUGGUUCAAUUGAAACAUUAAACCUUGCUAAUAAAGAAUAUAUGAAUUUAAUUCGUUCACAUACACAAUUUAUAAUAGAUAUUUAUUAUGAUGAUACAAGAAAACAAAUGAUUAGAAAACAAUUAUCAGAAUUUACAGCUAAACUUGAAACACCAGUUGUGGUUACAUAUGCACCAAAUAGACAAACAUUUGCUUGUGGAUUUAAUAAUGGAGCAAUUAAAGUUUUUGAAUUGAAUACAUCAAUUAUAUCAGCGGAAAUUACUGAUGAAGAAGGAAAUUUAUGUUUAUUAGAUGGAAAUGAUAGUUAUAAAUUACAACGAACAAUCGCUAAAGCUUUAUCAACAUCACCAAAAGGAAUACUAACAUUAUCAAUAAGUUCAGAUGGUAAGCAUACGACUUAUGUUGGACCAACUGAAUUUGUUGUAACAAUUGUUGAAACAAAUUGUUUAAAUCAAACACUUCGAAUUUAUAUAAGUGGUUGUACAUUAAUUACAAAUAAUCGACAAAUGAUAACAUCAACAGAAUCACCUUUAUUUGUACGUUUUGCACCUAAUCGACAAUUAUUAGUUGCAACAACAAAUUUUUGA